UAUAAAAAAUCACCUAUAAAGUAAAAACUAGUUACUUGUUGUUUCGGAUUCACGAUAUAACAGGAUCAUUAACACAUGUUCAAUAACAUACAAAUAGAAAUAAAAAAAGUCCUGAGAAUAUAAAAUGCUGGACCCAUGGAAUGAUCAAUCAUUGUUACCGCCGCCGAUAAACACAUUUUUUUGUAAACACAAAUUAGAUUUAAAAGAAUUAACCUAUACUACAAACAACAUAGUUCAUAUUUUAUCUAGGCAAUCCCCUUUACACAAAGAAAGUGCUAUAUUAUCCAGAUUCUUAUACAAAUUUGACAAGAAAUUUCGAAAUGAUAUUGGUUACCGUAAUUUUAAGAAGGUAAAUACAGCACUGAAGAAAUAUUUGACUUUAAACCUUUUGAAGGAUGUAGAAAAUUUUUCAUCGUAUUUACCAAAAGAAAACGACAAUGAACUAUAUCUACCUACGAGGCAAAUGCUAGAAUACAUUUUAAUAAGAAUUGUGUCAUUUUCUAAAUUGAUGCUCAGAAUUGUAGUUUGCUCCAAGCAAUCUGCUAUUUUUUACUUAGAUAGAAUAAAGCGAGGAGAGAGUCAUUGGAUGUGUCUAAUGCCCUAUGCGUUACUGAGUAGAAUAUGGUCAAUGUCCCUUGUGCUGUUACAACAUUCAUGCAAUUGGUAUAAUCAGCUCCAUCAAGUUGUAGAUAAGCUUGAAGUAAAAGGCUUACCUUUUUUACCUCUAGAUUAUAAAUUACCUGAUGAUUUGGAGGAAUGGUUAGAUAUGAAAAAUUUAAACAGCCAUUGCAGCUUUAACUGGACUUGUAAAAUUAAAAUUAACAUUGAAGCAAUUGCAAUGGAAGAUGAUUCUGGAGAUUUAUGUGAGAGUAUUUUGGACUAUGUAAGUCAGAUCAAUGAAAAUACAGACACCGCUGAUGAACAUGAUAUAAAAUUACCUUCUAUUAUUGAAACAUUUCAUACUGAAGAUGUACAACUAAAACAGUCUGAUGUAGGUGUAGCAGUUCCUAGAAAUAUUUUAGGUAAAUCUGCAGAUCCACCAGUGGGCAAUAAAAAUAAAGCUGCUAUUCACUCAAUUGACACAGUAACAAAUUUUAAUUCUUUAAAAGACUUUAUCAAUAAAGAAGAAGUUUUAAGGAAUGAAUUAAAUGAUAAUGCCUUAACCAGUCAUCUUAGUUUUAUGCAAUGGCAAGCAUUAAAAACUUGUUUGCUUAAUCUUGAUACCAAUAAGAAUGUACCCCGGAAGCUACAGAGGAAGGUCGAAAGAAUAUGGCAAGAAAAAUGUUUGGAUUACAAAUAAAACAAUGGAAUA